UCCCAAACUGGUGGAGCAUCGGAGUGAGGUCGAUUUACUGCCCUUUCACAAUUUAUAAUGAAAUGGUAGAUGAGCACAACCACCAAAUCGUUGACUGGGAGAAAACACAACAUCUACAGAAUUAAGGAUAUGUAAAUUAAAUUUUAAAAAUUUCCAAAACUGUAUGGGUGCUUGGACAAAGGGGAAGUUAUAUCACUCACAAUGAAUGACAUCACAGAAAGCAGCCAACUGGUGCUCUUGAGAAGCGGUCAAUCACCUUUAUGCAGCCUUGAGGGAUACAGUGCAUACAGGUGCAACAAAUGGGAACUAAAUGCGUAUUACCACCCACACUCCAAAGCAAUGUUUGUGCAUAAAUGUCCUGUGUCUGGAGACAUGGCUCCAAGUGUGAUCUGAUCAUGCAGAUAUCCCAAGAACCAAGGAGAAAAUAGGGGGUGUCGCCUACACCCCUAGUCAUGCAAAUGAAGGGGACAACCAGAGCUCACCUCUCUCCCACCCCACCCCUGCUUGGUAUGCAAUUGUCUCAUUAAUUAAAAUUCUCCGCAGGCUGCAUUGUUUGCUUACAGGGGAGGGCGAUUCCUCUAAGCUACCUUGGCAGCCAGACUCCUAACAGGUGCUUUGCAAAUAAUCAAUCCCUGGGCUUCCGGGAUCGGUGAGCUGCUUCUACUCUCCACCUGGCAACAAGCGCAGGAAGGGCAGCUGCUGAAGACAACUCCAAAAGUCGGUUUGGACAGAAAGAGAGUGUGUUGGGCAUUCCAUGGCUUCCCUCUGAGCACAGUCCUGGAUACAGCAUCUCAUGAGGAAGAGCAAUAAACAGGGGACUUAAAAGAGGAUAUACACCCGGAACUCCUAAGCAAGCAGGAACUGUGGCCGUACAAAGGGAUGCCCCCCGAUUCAACCGAGGAGAUGCACCUGCAGCUGUGAAAGGACGCCCUUCUUUAAACUGGUGGCUUCCUCCUCACCUCCCUGGGAAAGCAAUUUCCACCCACUGCAUAACAGGAAAAUCAGCCUGCAGAAGAUAUGUUCAGUUGUGACCCUGUCACACAUCUGAAUGGCUGAGAUCUAAGAAGCUGAGCAGGCCAUGGCAGGUUCCCAGGUCCUCUGCUUGGAGAGCGAAGAGCCGUAUGCUAAAGUAACGGAAUCGAACCCUGAAUUUUAUUAUUGUGAGGGUCAGCGGGUAGCCCUCGAAGCGCUGCUCGCUAAAGGCGAAGAGGCGUUUAAGGAGUGCGUCUCCCAGGAAAAGCUGCGCCCCUUUCUGUCAGAUGGAGAGCUGCAGGAACUGAAGGCAGCUGUAGAAGACUCGCGGGCUCCCUCGCCAGGUGGAAUUGGCAAUGGUGGCCACGGGGGCAAGGGAUCAAGCCUCAGCUACUGGCCUGGACGUUCGGACGAGCCUACCCCAGAGCUGGAGCUAGGGUGGCCGGAGAACAGCGUUUGGAAAGGGAUUACCCGUGUGGAGGUCUAUACCCACCCACCAGGAGAGGGAGCGCCCCACAUCAAGGAGCUGGUGCGAAGAUACAUCCAGCAAGCCAACAAGGUGAUUGCCAUUGUCAUGGAUGUUUUCACGGACCCCGACAUCCUCUUAGAUCUGUAUGAUGCAGCACUCAGGCGCCGAGUCCCCGUCUACAUCAUUCUCAGCAGAGAGCAUCUUGCCUCCUUCCUCACCAUGGCUGAGAAAACAUGCCUUAAUGUCCGUCACACAGAGAAUCUGAGAGUCCGAGUCAUUCGGGGUUGCACUUUUCAAAGCAGACAGCAGAAGCAGGUCACAGGGACCGUGAAGGAGAAAUUUGUCCUGGUUGACGGGGAAGUCGUGAUCACUGGCAGCUACAGCUUCACGUGGACAGAUGCUCGCUUGAACCGCCAGCUGGUCACUCAGCUUACAGGAGAAGUGACAGGGGCAUUUGACCGGGAGUUCCGCAUCUUAUAUGCUGCCUCUUGUCCCCUGCCAGCCCUAGAAAUUUCACCUAGACUCCAGCCUGCUUCGAGCCUGGCUCCAUUACCAAGUACCAAUGGGCCAGAUAUCACUCCGUACGUCAGCGUCCUGGAUGGGGUGCAGCUGUCCAACCGCAUUGCAGAGCGACGCUCCGUGGCCCCUCAACCCGUGGCCAAGAGCCACGCUGGAGAGUGGGAGUUAGUAUUGGCCUCCCCUGCUACGGCGGAAGACCCUGUGCUACCCACCCCGCCUCCAGAGGUGUCUAUUCGAAACAGACUGGCAUCAUGGCGUGGCACAGACCUUUCAGGAGGCGGCCUGCAUGGAUCCCCUGAUGGGCAGAAUGCUCUUAGCGAUAUACUUAAGAGCGUACACCGGACUCGGCGUUCAGCAGCCAAGACCACAGGGGCUCGUGCUAGUAAGUCCCUGUGGGACCUCAGCCAGAUCUCCGGAACCAGCACAACAGGAAGGGGGUGGAAUGGGAUAGACUCAGCAGAAGAAGCUAAGAAAUGGGGUUACCAGGACACACCAGCAAGAGAGCUGAUGAAACAGCGAGGGACUGGCUAUGCCCCAGAGGAACCAAGGAUGCCCGUUUACCUGGCACCUGGGCGUAUGACCCCUUCCUCUGGCUACUUGCCUCUAGGAAGACUACAAGGACAGCUGUAUCAUAAUCCUGCCACUACAGGUCUAUCGCGGGCUUGGCCACACCCAGGACAGUUCCAGUACGGCCAUCAGCUACGAUACUGAAACCUCUCUGAAAAUCUCAAGGCAGGGGAAAAAAAUACUGGGAGGAUAAUCUGGAACAGACUGGAAUAUUUCCUAGAGGAACAACAGUUUAUAGAGAGAUUAUUCAUGUGACAGGACAGAAUAGUCAGAGAUGGCUAUAAAACUGUGGUUUCUAGCUUUUAAUAAAAUAUACUGGGAGACUUUUCUAUCUGAUGAACACCGACCCCAGUGAACUGCAGAAUGAGAUCCUAAACUGUGACAAGCAUGUUUUAGUGAGAUUUUAAGUUUCAUCUGCCAAUGAGGGAAGCCAAACACUUUUCCUUCAAUGCAACUACACUAGAGCAAUUCAAGUUUGUGUAGGAUGAACAAGCAGGAGAUUUGUAAACUUACACUGAUGAGCUGCUCAAGGGAUGCUGGGUGCAGCUACUGAGACAAUAAAAAGAAUAUAUAAACGAU